AGGCUGGGGAGAGGAGGGGUCUGUGUGGUGAGGUCACAGGUGGGCAGGACCAAGGCCGAGCCCCGCAGGGAGCGAGGAAGCAAGCUGCUUCAUGCAGCCCCCAAAGGUCAACCCACGGUCUCCUCUCCAAGUGGCCGCCGCUGGGGGCAGGGCUCGGCCUGGGGGACCUGGGGAACUCAGCAGGUCACUGUGGUCUGCAGCUCUGAGCCAGGUCUCCUGCCCAGGCUCUGGGUCUGUGCUCUACGAAUCCCAUGGGCAAAGUGGGCACCUUUCAAGCUGCUGUGCUCUGUCCCCCUGCCUUGGCCUCAUUUAGAGGGGGGGUUUGGCAGGGCCUGUCUGUGAAAGGAUCAUCUGAGUGGAAACCUGGCUGCUGAGAAGGCCUGGGAAAGAGUGUCAGGCCAUGCAAAGGCCCUGAGGCUGGAGUAAGUUUGAUUACAGAAUGGCUUGAGCUGAGUCAGGAGGGGACUGGGUGGCAGGCUGGGCCAGUGGACAGGGCCACCAUGUGGUGGUGGGCUGAAGCAGAUAGAGAUGGUGCCAUUGGCCAGGUUGCCUCGGUGGAAUCCCAACCUUGAGCAGCGGAGCACUGAGGGCCCCCCCACACCUCUCCCUCCUCAGAGUUGGCGGGGGAAGGGUGUCUUGUCAUGGCAGGUUUGUCAGAGAGGGCCCUAGGCCUGAGGGUGCACAGCAAGGCUGCUGGGGUUCUGGAUGCUUCCAGGGAGUAAACCCCCAUGAAUGGUGCUCUGAGCAGGGGUCUGGGGGAGGCGUCAGAAUGGAAGAGAGGGGCCCAGCACCCACUGUGCCCCCAGCACCCACUCUGCCCAACACCAUUGUGUGCCCAGCACCUCUGUGUCCUCAGAUCCCACUGUGCCCCCAGUACCCACUGUGUCCCCAGCACCACCAUGCCCCUAGCACCCACCAUGCCCCCAGCAUCCACUGUGCACCCAGCACCACUGUGCCCCCAGUACCCACUGUGAUCCCAGUACCACUGACCAGCACCACUGUGCCCCCCACUCCCACAGUGCUUAGCACCACUAUGCCCCCAGCACCCACCAUGCCCAGCACCACCAUUUCCCCAGCACACACUGUGCUCAGCACCACUGUGCCCCCAGCUCCCACUGUGCCCCCAGCACCCACUGUGCCCCCAGCACGCACUGUGUGCCAAGCUGAGUAUCCACUCAGUUUCCACUCUCCCUUCCUCUGCACAGAAGGGAAAACGGGGGACCAGACAGCAUGCAGUUUGGGGCGCACAGUGAGACAGCUGCAGUGCCAGGCCAAUCCCCAGGCCAAAGUGAAGAGUCAGCCACCAGCCUUCCCUCAGCCCCGUGCGGGCGCCGAGCUGACUCAUGGGGAAGCGGCGGGGCCCCGUCCCUGCGGUGGCUUGGAAAUUGCAGAAGAGGUUCUGCGGUAGCUGUGCUGCGCCCCCAGUCAUGCAUUCCGGGGCUGGCUGAAGGGACUACUGCGGCUGCAGCCAGGGAUAGUGUCCCCAUCCCGGGCCACAAAUAGGAACAGCAAGCUGCACACAGAUCUAAGCAGGACCCCAAGCCAGGUCUCUGUGGCCCAUGAUGGCCCCUGGGUGUCUGGCUAGGGCUCUGCGGGGGACCAGAGAUACCCAGAGACAGCCAGGGCUUGGGAUGGGGUGGGGGGCAGACCUGGACGGAGAUGGGGACAGUGAGGUCAUCUAGACUGUGAUGGGGGAAGCCCAAGGCUGAGGGAGUCCAGGGGCGGGAAGGCUUCCUGGAGGCAGUGCCUAAGCGGGUCCAGGAUAGGUGGGGGAGGGAACACUCCUGGGCACUGCCUGGAGUUAGGGCAGGCUGACUCUGGCACUACCCACCUCCCCCCGGCUCUACUCCCACGAGGGUCCCCACUCCAGGCUUAUCCCGGGAGGGGCCAGGCUGAAGUGCUGGGAGCAGUGGAGGUCUGCGUCCUGGGAUCAUUGUAACACACCGGUGGUGUGCACGCCCUCCUCUCUGUGCCUGGCCUGUUGCCAUGAGGCCAGCACUGCACCCUCCAGGCCUGGGCCCUCGAAAAGUCUCAGCACUGGAAGCCGCUCUGGUUAUGAAUAAUUCACAAAUAGGCAGCAGCCAGCCCCUCGGCCAGGAGGGGACUGGAAGCUGGGGCCGGGAGUCGAGCAGGGCUUGCUGAGUCAUCCUGGAAGACUUCUUGGAGGAAGCUUCUAAGCUAAGACUCACGGAUGCUGGCAGGCCCAGGGCCAGCAUGGCUGAGGCCAGAGGGAACAGCUGGGCCCUCUGGCCUGGGUUGGGUGAGCUGGGCAGCAGAUAUGGUGGACUUGUGGGCCCAGCACGGGAGGCAGCCAGGGUUAAUCAUUUCCAGGCGGCCUUGACCCCACCUGCCCUGGCUGCUCUGCUCCCGCCUCCUGCUGCCCCUCACGCCAGCUCAGGAGGAGCCAUGGGGCGCCGGGCCUGGGUCCCCAGCCCCUGCCCUCUGCCCGGGCUCUCCCUGCUCCUGCUGCUGCUGCUGCUGCCGCUGGCGCCUCAUGGGGCCCGGCCCCGGGCUGGCAGGAACUAUACGGAACCCCCAAAACCUAAAGCCACAGUGACUCCUGGGACCCCCGUGAUCCCCGUGACCUCCGUGACACCUGCGACCCCAGCCACGAGAGCUUCAGAGGCAGAGGGACCCGGUGGUGAGGGACUCGCCCCUCCACCCAGGGCGGCCCCCUCCAGCAGCAGCCCUGGGGGCCCAGUGCUCACCGAGGACGGGCAGCCCUGCAGCUUCCCCUUCCGCUAUGGCGGCCGCAUGCUCCACUCCUGCACUUCGGAGGGAAGCGCCCACAGGAAAUGGUGUGCCACGACUCACAACUAUGACCGAGACAGGGCCUGGGGCUACUGUAUGCAGGUCCCUGCGCCCCAGGAGGGCCCAGCUGGCCCAGAUCCCUGUGCCUCCGGGCCCUGCCUCAACGGGGGCUUGUGCUCCAACACGCAGGCCCCCGAGUCCUACCACUGCGCCUGCCCCGUGGCCUUCACGGGCAAGGACUGUGGCACCGAGAAAUGCUUCGAUGAGACACGCUACGAGCACCUGGAGGAGGGUGACCGCUGGGCCCGCGUGCACCAGGGCAGGGUGGAGUGGUGCCAAUGCGCGGGGGGCCACGUCCAGUGCGAGGGCACCCGCCACACAGCUUGCCUGAGCAACCCGUGCCUGAACGGUGGCACCUGCCACCUGAUUGUGGCCACUGGGACCUCCGUGUGCGCCUGCCCCCCGGACCACGCUGGGCGGCUCUGCAACAUCGGUGAGUUGUUUGGCCCCCUGGGGGCUGGGGGUCAGCGUGGAUGCAGCCCGGGGCCAGGCUCACUGCACACCAUGCUGCCCACAGUGCCCACCCAGCGCUGCUUUAAGGGGGAUGGCACCGAGUACCGAGGCGUGUCCAGCACGGCGGCCUCGGGCCUCAGCUGCCUGGCCUGGAACUCCGACCUGCUCUACCAGGAGCUGCAUGUGGACUCGGUGGGCGCCGCGGCCCUGCUCGGCCUGGGCCCCCAUGCCUACUGCCGGAACCCGGACAAGGACGAGAGGCCCUGGUGCUACGUGGUGAAGGACAGCGCGCUCUCCUGGGAGUACUGCCGCCUGGCCGCCUGCGGUGCGCGCAGCUUGCUCCCCUCCCACCGAGGAUCCCUCACCAGAAUGCAGGCCCCACCCCCCGAGGUCCUGCUGACCCUGCGUGAGCCCGCCCCAGCUGGACGCCAGAACUGCGGCAAGCGGCACAAGAAGAGGAGCUUCCUAAGGCCACGCAUCAUCGGUGGCUCGUCCUCGCUGCCUGGCUCCCACCCCUGGCUGGCCGCCAUCUACAUCGGGAACAACUUCUGUGCAGGGAGCCUUGUCCACACCUGCUGGGUGGUGUCUGCGGCCCACUGCUUCUCCAACAGCCCCUCCAGGGAAAGCGUCUCAGUGGUCCUGGGUCAACACUUCUUCAACCGCACGACGGAUGUCACACAGACGUUUGGCAUCGAGAAGUACAUCCCGUAUCCCCUGUACUCGGUAUUCAACCCCAGUGACCACGAUCUCGUGCUGAUCCGGCUGAAGAAGAAGGGCGACCGCUGUGCCGUCCGCUCCCAGUUUGUCCAGCCCGUCUGCCUGCCGGAGCCCGGCAGCGCCUUCCCCGCGGGGCACAAGUGCCAGAUUGCGGGCUGGGGCCACCAGGAUGAGAACCUGAGCGGCUACUCCAGCUCCCUGCGGGAGGCACUGGUGCCCCUGGUCGCCGACCACAAGUGCAGCAGCCCGGAGGUGUACGGGGCCGACAUCAGCCCCAACAUGCUGUGUGCCGGCUACUUCGACUGCAAGUCCGAUGCUUGCCAGGGGGACUCAGGCGGGCCCCUGGCCUGCGAGAAGAACGGUGUGGCCUACCUAUACGGCAUCAUCAGCUGGGGCGAUGGCUGCGGGCGCCUCAAUAAGCCAGGUGUCUACACCCGAGUGACCAAUUAUGUGGACUGGAUCAACGACCGGAUUCGGCCCCCUAAGCGGGCUGAGAAUCGCUCCUGAGACCCCCCCGGGGGGCAUCCUGCCUCCACUCUGUUCCCUGCCUCAUGGGCAAUAAAGACGUUCCCAGGAACCGGCCUGUCCUGCUGCCCGCGCAGCCCUCUCUCCCGGGCCACCAGCAGCCCACACUUGUGGGUGCCGUGGCCUCGGGGCUGGGGCACCCGGAGCCAGCACCCCAGCUGCCCUGCCUCAGUGGAGAAGGGAGCCUGCGACCCCAUGGGGAGGGUCUGGCCCUGUGGCCCAGGGAGUUGCGACAGGGGGUCCAGUCCAGGCCCUCUCCAGAGCCUGCACCCCUCUCAGUCCCCCAGGCCUGCCCCUGGGCAAGUGGGGCUCAGGUCUGGGUGCCCCGGGUUGUCCCAGGGCAGGCCUUGGAAACCGAGUCCAGGCCCCAAGGGCAGGGCCCAAGCCAAGUAAUGUGCAGGGUAUUAAAACUUAAAACCAAACCCAGGCUCCCUCACCCGACCCUGGGAAUGAGGCCCUCCACCCAGAGCAGCCCAGAAGGGCAGGGGUCCUUCUCUGCACAGGCCCCACCCGCCAUUCUUGCUCCUUGACACCCAGAGCCGCCUUCUCUCCUGUCAUCUCCAUGGCCCGCACCCUGGACCAGGUCUUACCGCCUGUCUCCAGGUGACAGGCCAAGGCUUUCUCCAUAUCACUGCCUCCCACACCUGUCUUGGAGCCUCCCCUAAUCUCAGUGGUCUGAUGCCCUCCCUCCAGCCCCUCUUCUGCCCCACCCCACCCCCUAGUCUGUGCUCUGGCCCCGCCAGCCUCCCCUCUCUUCCCGAAACUGACCAGCGGCCCUUGCUCAUGCUGGUCCCACCCCCACCGAGAAUGUUCUCUCUGCUUCUCCCUUCACUCGUCCUUCAGAGCUUGGGCCACACCCAGCUGCAGAGGAGGCCGGGAGGGCAGGGAGCAGGAUCGUCACGACUCCGUCAGACCAUCAUGAGGGGUGCGCACUGUCCCACACAAAGCCAGGCUUCUGACAGCAGAGCGAAGGGACAGAGGGACUCGGGGGGCAACCAGCAGGGGUGCAAAUGCUGUAGGUGGGACUCAGAGCCCUCAGCUGGCUGGAGCUUGCUGCUGAAGCCCCCACUGUGUCGAUCAUAGGCCAGGGCAGUAACUGGGGGACAGAGGCUGCUGCCAUUGCCUGGGAGCACGGCGAGGGGAGCAGCUCCUCAUGAAGGUGGGGCCUCUGACAGCCUCUUCUGAGCCUCCGAGAACUGUAUCGCUUCAGUUCCACCACAGCCUCGCCCGAUGUGAGUUCCCCCUGACCCUUCUGCCCUCUGAGUGUUGACUGUGGCUGCCAGAGAGGUGAGUGACAUUGACAGACUGUCUAACCUCAAGCCAACCUUGCAUUCCUGGAGUGAACCCUGCUGAGUCAGUGUGAGCUGGUGUCUUCCAUUUACCCUCCCGAUUUAACCCCUGCCUUCUCCACCUUGGGCUCUGCCCCAGGAGGCUGGUCACGAUGGACUGCACAGGUGGGGUUCUGUGCCCUUUGGGUCUUUGUGGGCCACUGGGGAGGUCACCAGCAGGAGGUCAGAGGAGGGAGGAGAGUGAGAUUGGGAUAUUGAUUUCCCUGGCUCCCUCCUUUUGGGGUUCUCUUGGGGUCACCUCAGUGUUAUAGGUUGAACUGUGUCCUCCUAAAAUUCCUAUGUUGGAGUCUUAACCCCUAGGACCUCAGAAUGUGACCUUAUUUGGAGACAGGGUCUUUACAGAGGGGAUCAAGUUAAGAUGA